ACUAUGUCAUGUUGCAUCUUACAAUGUCACAUCCUAGCGUACAAUGUCACAUCUGGAACUAAUGGUCACGACCUUGUCAUGUGAUUUAACACGUGAUUAAUACAAUGUCACAUUGUAAGUGAUCUUGACAUCACGUGAGUGUCACGUGAUUGUUAGCACCAAGUGUCAGUAAAUAAUGGAGGUUUUGUUAGAGUAUGGAUCUUCAAAGAGAGAGUUUAAGCUGUCAAAGGAUGAAGAUGUAUUUCAAGCAUUAGAAGUGGCCUUUCAACAAUUCGAGCCUGGUUUAUCUUUUGGUAUUUCACAACAGCGAGAUGUAAAACCAACUCACUUUUUGCAGCGGUAUUUGGAGAAGUGGCGUGACUAUAUUGAUGUGUCUCAUAAGGGGGAAAUAAGUAAUGGGGACAAAAUUCGAGCUGUUGUAAGGACUGAAAAAGAUGAAAAAAAUGAAAAGAAUGUUUCACAAGUUCUUAAAAGAGGAUCAGGUGCUUGCGUAGGGAUUAAAAAACCAACAGAGUCUGAUUCAAAAGUACUUCGUUCACUCUUCCCUGUUUUGUCAGCUUCACGCUCUUUCCAGAUGAAAAGGAAGUUCAAUCCCCUUGAUGAUUGUGUUGUCUCCAAACAAAAACAGAAGAAGAAAGCCACACGGAUUAAACCUCGCAAUGUGAUGGUUGUUUUGAUGACUGAGGGCGACACUUCUGUUCCACGAGGUAAUAAACGGAAAUCUAUGGCACAGAAUGGAUUCAUUAAGCAGUGUGAGCUUUUACGUGAUAUGUCACGUGUUGAAGUUGAAAAUAAGCUCAUUAAAUUGUUCUCAGAAAAAAUAUCGACAAAGAAUGCUGGUGUUAAAUUUUUGAUACCAGAUCCGAAGCUUCACAUCGUAAGGGAGACAGGAGAUAAGGAAUUAGAUGGAAAUGACACCAUUGAACUCGCAGGGCAGGGUAGUUUGUAUAUUAGAAUAGAGAAUCGUUCAAAAGAUGAGAACAGGGAAGUAAUGAAGCCUGAUGAUGUCGAUGAUGAUGACAGUGAUCUACCCAAAGUGAAGUGGAAGAAGAUAGAAAAUGAGGAAGAUGAGACAGAUAAAGUUGUGGACCUAACUUCUGAGGAUGACACAGAACUGACACAAGAGAGUCUUGAAGAUUGGCGGAAGCUUCGAAGAGAGCAAGAACUACAAUAUGAAGAAUCCCUUCGGGUUGAUCAGCAGAAAGCACAACAACAAGCUAAUGACAGUGAUAAAGUAAAGAGAAGAGAAGAGGAAAAGACCAAGCUUCAGUUGUAUUUUUCAGAGCGAACGCUUCCUCAUGUAGCAGUCAAGUUAGCAGUGAAGUUGCAGGACGGCACCAAAAUUCAUGGAUCCUUUUCUGCUGAUGAUUCGAUGAAGUUGGUAUACCAGUAUGUUUAUGCUCACACAGAAGUCAAAACUUCCUUUAAAUUAUGCACUGGAGCAGUUCCAAUGGAGGUAUUGCAGCCUGAUGAGAAGUCUUUAGCUCAGUAUGAUUUGAGAGCGUCAUCACUACUACUAUUAGAAGAAACUCCCUCUAAUGAUGAUGACAAAUGGAUUGAUGAAUUAACUCAUUGUAAAGAAGCUGAAAUUAUUCAGGAAGUCAAGGGCAACAUUUCAUGUACUGAUAUACUAAUGAAAGAAGAGAACACCAGGAAAGAAUUUGUGAAGACAUUUCGUACUCCUUCGAAGGAACUUUACACUGUUGCCCGGUCUUCACUGUUUGAUGAUGUAAUCUCUCUAUACAAAGAGUAUCCUGGUAUAACGAAUGAAUGUCCUUUAGAAAUGAAAUUGAAAGAUGAAUUAGCUGUUGAUUUAGGUGGCGUGUCUAAAGACAUUGUUUCAGGAUUUUGGCAAGAGGCGUAUGAACGAUUAUUUGAUGGUAGUAUCUCAUUUGUUCCUGCUGUUCGUCCACACGUUGAGUUUUCAUUAUUUGAAGUUCUCGGUAAAAUUUUAUCUCAUGGAUACUUCUGUACUGGGUUUCUGCCGACACAAAUAUCUUUUCCUACUUUGGCUGCUAUGAUUUUGGGUUGUCAAGUACAAAUAAGCCCAUCUAUUCUACUUGAAUCUCUUUUCGAUUAUGUUAGUGAUGUGGAUCGUUCUGUGUUGUCAACAGCUCUUCAAUUUUCAAAAGAUAAUCCAAAUCUAAAGUUUCCAUCUCAAAUUUUGGACUCAUUGUUGAAUGUAUUUAGUCAUUUUCAGUGCAGAAGAGUACCUGAUCCAUUAUCACUCCGUCUCACUUUAGUUGAUAUAGCUCGUUUUGUUUUUCUUACUAACCCAAUGUCUGCUAUUAAUGCAGUCAAUUUAGCUAUUCCUCAAUCACAUGUUCCUUUUUGGAAAUCUAAGUCAAUAUCUGAUUUGUACAAGCUGUACCUGGCACUUACUGCUACACCUUUCAAAGUUCUGAGCUUACUAGCAGAGCCUAAGUUCUUAAAUGCCUCUCAAGAGACUGUUUUUGGCUACUUACAGCAAUUCAUUGGAAACAUGACACGGGACCAAGUUAAGAUGUUCUUACGUUUUGUGACGGGCAGUUCGGUAUGCAGUACUAAAGAAAUUGAAGUUCAGUUCAACUCAUUGUCUGGUGUUGCUCGGAGACCCAUUACUCACACUUGCAGUAAUAUAUUGGAACUGUCUAUGACUUACCAUUCUUAUUCGGAAUUUGCCAAAGAAUUUCGAUUGGUGAUGUCUGAUGAAACUUACUCUUGGAUCAUGGAUGGAUUGUAAUUAUGCAGUUAGGCUCAUAAGAUAAAACGUAUCAUUAUAAUCACUGUAUUAUAUAAUCACUGUAUAUAAUCACUAAAUUUCUCUUGAUUUUGGUACAUUACAAUAAAAAUUAUUAUUUCAAAUCAA